UAAAGUUUGAAAGUUUGAGAUCUAGUAGAAUCAAAGAUGGCUGCGCCCAUGCAAAAGCUUUCCAGUACUCUUUUUUCUCCUUUUGUACGUUACAUACGAAUACACGAAGGUGAUGCGAGGUGUAAAAUAUCCCUCAAGAAUGCUAUACGUCACCUGGCCAGUGACUCAAGCUCUGAGGGAGGCAAAGAGACCAGCCCAAUAUCGAGUAGGAAAGCAGAGAAGAUCAGUAAAGCAAUGAAAGCAUACCUAGAGAGAGCACAAAAACAUGAUGAAUUCAUGAAAAGUCAGGUUGCCGAGUUUGAGAUUGGUAAGCGCCAUCUAGCGAACAUAAUGGGUGCAGAUCCCGACCAUUUUACACAAGAUGAAAUUGAUACAGCCAUAGAAUACCUUCUACCAUCUGGACUUUCCAAGCAAUCCCGCCCAUCCUUGAAACACCCUGAGGAGGUAUUCCCAACAAAAAAAGCUGCCCAGUUUGAUGUGACAGGUCGCCCAUACCACCCUUUCUUUUACACAGGGAGACCUAACUUUUACCAGAUUUUACAUGAAGCUGCUUUGAAGAAUGACAACCUUGUUGCCGAGGAGACAAGACUGAGGCUCAAUAAACAGUACACGUUACCAACUGAAAAAUUGCAAAUAGGUGGCAGUAGGUGGUUAACUCUUGCAGACCUAGAGAAAGUCACCAUAGAGAAGCUCACCCCACUAGAUCAUAAGAGGUUUGUGAGUGUGUUGGAAAGACUGGCGAGCCACCCACUGUCACUGGCAGAGAAGGAAUUCAUACAACAGUACAGGCAAGAGCUGAAGCAGCAGUCAAUGCUACUGGAACCUCCUAAACUGCUGCAAGAUACAGAUGGUCGUCACUACCAGGAGGGUGAGGGGACGAGGAAACAUGCCAGAGCUUUUGUACGAGUCUGGGAAAAAGGAACAGGGAAGGUGAAAAUCAAUGAUCAAGACUUACUGUACUUCAGUGAAUUAUCAUGCAGAGAGCAGGUUAUGUUUCCUCUUACAUUCACAGAGAUGCUUGGGCUUGUGGACAUAGAAGUAGAAGUAGGGGGACCUGGAACUCAGGCUCAGGCAGGGGCCAUUAGAACUGCUCUCUCUAAAGCAUUAGUCAGCUUUGUAGAUCAGCCAAUGGCAGAGAAAAUGAGACUAGCUGGUCUUCUAAGUCGAGAUGUUAGGAGGAAAGAGCGCAAGAAACCUGGUCAGGAAGGAGCCAGAGCUAAGUUCACAUGGAAGAAGAGAUGAUGCCCUUUUAUGGAAUUAUGCCAUAUAUGGAAUGUUAUCAUCAAUUCAUCUUUACAAGGCGGUCUCACAUCAAAAACUCACUGAUAGUGCAUCAAAAUAAAUAAAUAAAUGAUGGGAACUGAACUAAAUGGAACACUGCAAUCAUUUUACAUAUGACAAAUUUUACAAGCACAAUUAUUUGGGAAAAUUGAAAUAUAUCAUUAAUUAUGAUAUUCAGUUUAGAAACCAGUUAAUAUAAAUAGUGUUCAGCAUAUUUAUUUAUUUGAAUAUCCUGAUGGAAAAAAUAAUUUUGAAUUGUUUCGUACACUACUUGUAAAAGUCUACGUUUGCUAUUCUAUCGAUGCUGCUAUGCUUAAUUGCUAUUCCAAAUAGAUGCACAUUGUUUAGCAAUAGUAGUGGGCUGUAAAAAAAAAAAGAAAAUAUACAAUAUGCAAU